AUGAAAAACUAUUACUUAUGGUUUCGAGAAGGCAGUAAAAUCAAUCAAAUAAUAUGCGCUCUACUUAUAAAUAUGCCAGUUUUCGUUUACGGAGCAAGUAUAGGAUGGAUGUCCCCCAUGACGUUGCUGUUACAAUCUGACAAAUCACCCAAAGUACCUCCAUUGACUGACUACGAGGUGUCUUGUAUGGCAGCCGUGGCUUAUAUGGUUUCUUUCCCGGCCAACUUUCUAAUGGCCGCGUUAGGGGACAGAAUUGGUCGAAAGAAUACUAUAUUCAUUUUAUCUGGAGCUGGUUUUACUUGUUGGGCGAUCAAACUACUUUCUUUGGAGUUCGCCGCAUUUGUAUCAGCGCGAGCGUUGGUUGGUGUUUUAAUGGCUGGAUCUUACGUAACCUGUCCUCUGUACACGAAGGAGAUUAGUGAAGAUAGUGUCAGAGGAAUGCUUGGAUCUCUGAUAAUUGUAUUUCAUACCACUGGAAACCUAUUCGUCUAUGUUAUCGGCGAUUUCUUAAGCUAUCGUACUAUUUUAUGGAUUUGUCUGACAAUACCAGCAGUGCAUAUGGUGCUUUUCAUGAUGAUGCCCGAAUCCCCAUCGUUUCUUGUGAAGACUGGUGAUAUGGAGGAAGCAGCUAGAUGUCUAGCCUGGCUCAGGUGUAGAAAAGAAGAUGAUAUAGUUAUCCAGGACGAACUCAUUCGUAUCAAGAACGAACAGAUAAAAGAUCAAGAAAGUAAUAAAUACGUGUUUAGAGCUAUUUUUACAGACAAACUCAUAUUUCGAGCAUUUAAGAUUGCCCUAGUAAUGUCACUAGCGCGGGAGUUCUGCGGCGCUAUUCCUGUGCUAAAUUUUGCUGGAGCAAUAUUCUCAGAUGCCUCAAAAGGAACAGGCCUAGUGUUCAGUCCUAACCAACAAGCCAUGGUGUUAGGAGCAGUUCAAGUCAUCGGAUCGAUUUUGGGUUUCAGCUUGGUGGAAAGAGCUGGUAGAAAGCCUCUAUUUAUUGUAACAGCGCUGAUAUCAGGACUGAGCAUGUGUGCUCUUGCAUCGUGGUUUAUUCUAAGAGAUUUUGAAGUAUGUGAUGUGUACCAGGUGGCCUGGCUGCCUAUAGCCGCUCUCUGCUUGUGCAUCUUCUGCGAUUCCUCGGGUCUUCAGCCCGUAUCCGUAAUUAUUUUUGGAGAAAUGUUUUCGUACAAGUAUCGUGGAACAGCGAUAGCAGCAUCAAAUUCGUCAGGUUCACUAUCUGCCUUCUUUCAAAUGCUAGUGUAUAAGCCAAUUGUUAACGCUAUUGGAUUUUACGUCACAUUUUAUUGUUUUGGGGCAGUAUGUCUGCUCACUGCAGUUUAUGUUAUCUUAGUAAUGCCCGAAACAAAACAGAGAGGAUUAGAAGAGAUCUAUGAAGACUUGAAAACGAAAAAGGAGAAAAAACUUGAAGCUGAUCAAACUAAUGUAGAAGAUAAAAUAUAG